CAGUCUCAGUUAUCGAGAGGAGAAAUGGCGCAGAAAGGAGAUCAGCUGGACCAGGAAACUUUUUCUUGUUCGAUCUGUUUGGAUCUUUUAAAGGAUCCGGUGACUAUUCCCUGUGGACACAGUUACUGUAUGAACUGUAUUAACAACUUCUGGGAUGGAGCAGAGGAGAAGAAAAUUCCCAGCUGUCCUCAGUGCAAACAGGCGUUCACUCCGAAGCCUGUGCUGGUGAAAAGCACUAUGUUAGCAGCUUUAGUGGAGCAGAUGAAGAAGACUGGACUCCAAGCUGCUCCUGCUGAUCACUGCUAUGCUGGACCUGAAGAUGUGGCCUGUGAUUUCUGCUCUGGAAGAAAACUGAAAGCCAUCAAGUCCUGUUUAUUCUGUCUGGCCUCUUACUGCGAGAAACACCUUCAACCUCAUCAUGAUGUGGCUCCAUUAAAGAAACACAAGCUGGUGGAUCCCUCCAAGAACCUGCAGGACAACAUCUGCCCCCGUCAUGAUGAGGUGAGGAAGAUGUUCUGUCGUACUGAUCAGAAGUGUAUCUGUUAUCUCUGCUCUGUGGAUGAACAUAAAGGCCACGACACAGUCUCAGCUGCAGCAGAAAGGACUGAAAGGCAGAGAGAGAUGGAGGUGAGUCGACAACAAAUCCAGCAGGAGAUCCAGGACAGAGAGAAAGAUGUGAAGCUGCUUCAGCAGGAGGUGGAGGCCGUCAAUCAGUCUGCUGAUAAAACAGUGGAGGACAGUGAGGAGAUCUUCACUGAGCUGAUCUCUCUCCUCCAGAAAAGAAGCUCUGAUGUGAAGCAGCAGAUCAGAUCCCAGCAGGAAACUGAAGUGAGGAGAGUCAAAGAGCUGGAGGAGAAGCUGCAGCAGGAGAUCACUGACCUGAAGAGGAGAGACGCUGAGAUGAAGCAGCUCUCAGACACCGAGGACCACAACCAGUUUCUCCACAACUACCUCUCACUGUCACCACUCAGUGAGUCCACACACUCCUCCAGCAUCAGCAUCCGUCCUCUCAGGUACUUUGAGGAUGUGACAGCAGCUGUGUCAGAGGUCAGAGGUCAACUACAGGACAUCCUGAGAGACAGGUGGACAAACAUCUCACUGACCAUCACUGAUGUGGAUGUUUUACUGUCAGAUUCACAACCAGAACCAAAGAGCAGAGCUGGAUUCUUGAAAUAUUCAUGUGAAAUCACUCUGGAUCCAAACACAGCACAUACGCAACUGUUACUGUCAGAGGAGAACAGAAAGGUGACUUUUAUGAACCAACAUCAGUCUUAUUCUCGUCAUCCAGACAGAUUCAGUGAAUAUUGGCAGGUGUUGAGUAAUCAGAGUCUGACUGGACGUCAUUACUGGGAGGUGGAGUGGAAAGCAGAAGCUGUCUAUGUAGCAGUCGCGUACAAGGAUAUCAGCAGAUCAGGAAGGUGGAACGGAAGUGGAUUUGGAGCAAAUGAAAAAUCUUGGACCUUUUAUUAUAACUUUGACAAUUAUGAAUUUUGCCACAACAACAUCCGAACCCCCAUCUCAGGUCCUCAGACGUCCAGAAUAGGAGUUUACCUGGAUCACAGAGCAGGUGUUCUGUCCUUCUACAGCGUCUCUGAAACCAUGACCCUCCUCCACAGAGUCCAGACCACCUUCACUCAGCCGCUUCAUGUGGGACUUUGUGUUUACCUCUUUCCAGGAGACUCUGCGGAUCUUUGUAAACUUAAGUAAACUUGUUUAAUCUGUACGCAUGUAACCAAAUGUGCAUUGUUGUGAUGUUUCUGUAGAAAUAUCAAAACGUUGUUUUUAUCAGUACUUUCGGCGAUCGUUCUCUCUAAGGAUGUCAUAUUUUUAUUUCCUCUUUUCCCCAUCCAACAACGACCUCAUAACUACAUAUGUCAAUGAGGAAAUGUAGAUGCUUGAGAUCUAAAAUCUUUCAAAAAUAUUGUUUCAGAUUUAUUCUUAUGUCAUUUUUUUCCAUUCAGUUGUAUUGGUGUUACUUUACCACAGAUGUUUUAUUAU